AUGUCUAAAGUAUACAGAGUAGUAGUUACUGCUGCAGACAAAUUCGUGCCAUCAAAAUUACGUCCUCUCUGGGAACAUGAAGCUGGUCCAAAAACUAUUUUCUUCUGGGCACCAGCAUUUAAAUGGGGUUUGGUGAUGGCAGGGUUGGGUGACUUGAAUCGGCCGGUUGAGGCCUUGUCUAUUCCUCAGUCUGUCUCGCUUGCAGCAACUGGGCUAAUCUGGUCUCGAUACUCACUUGUGAUCAUACCAAAAAACUAUAGUCUCUUUGCUGUCAAUGUGUUUGUCGCUAUAACUAAUUUGUAUCAAUUAGGCAGGGCCGUGAAACAUCAACAAUCUCUCAAAAAUAAGGAAAAG